AUGGCUUCUUCUUCUUCUUCUUCUUCUUUGUCUCGCACAUGGCGCUACCGCGUCUUUACGAGCUUCCAUGGGCCAGACGUCCGUAAGACAUUUCUGAGUCACUUACGCAAACAGUUUAACUACAACGGGAUUACCAUGUUUGAUGACCAAGGGAUCGAGAGAAGUCAAACCAUUGCUAAAGCUCUUACACGAGCUAUUAGGGAAUCCAGGAUCUCAAUCGUGGUGCUCUCGAGGAACUAUGCUUCUUCGGGCUGGUGCUUAAACGAAUUGGUGGAGAUUUUGAAUUGCAAGAAAGAUAUGGGGCAGAUCGUGAUGACUGUCUUCUACGGAGUAGAUCCAUCUGAUGUACGGAAGCAAACGGGAGAAUUUGGGAUCUCUUUUAAUGAAACUUGUGCUCGUAAAACAGAGGAAGCUCUAAGAUGGAGCAAAGCUUUGAACGAUGUUGGCAACAUAGCUGGAGAACACUUGCAAAACUGGGACAACGAAGCAAUAAUGAUCGAGAAGAUUGCAAGAGAUGUUUUAGAUAAACUAAAUGCUACACCCUGUAGGGAUUUUGAUGGGAUGGUGGGACUUGAGGCACAUUUGAGAGAAAUGGAGUCUUUGCUAGAUUUAGAUAAUGAUGAAGUCAAGAUGGUUGCAAUAUCUGGUCCUGCAGGGAUUGGUAAGACAACCUUAGCUAGAGCUUUACAUAAUCAACUCUCGAAUAAGUUUCAACUUGCUUGUCUUGUGGACAACCUUAGGGUAAGUUAUCAUAGUGGUUUUGACGAGUACGGUUUGAAACUACGUUUACAAGAACAAUUUCUUUCAAAGGUUUUGAACCAAAGUGGUAUGAAGAUAAGCCAUUUAGGUGCAAUAAAAGAAAAUCUAAGCGACCAAAGGGUGCUUAUUAUUCUUGAUGAUGUGAACAAUCUAAAGCAGUUGGAGGCUUUGGCUAAUGAAACUACAUGGUUUGGUCCUGGAAGUAGGAUUGUAGUUACCACAGAAAAUCGAGAGCUUUUGCAGCAGCAUGGUAUCAAUAAUACAUACCAUUUGGGUUUCCCAUCUAGUCAAGAAGCUCUACUGAUCUUAUCCAUGUAUGCUUUUCGACCAACCUCUCCACAUCAUGGUUUUAAGGUGCUUGCCAAACGAAUAACAGAGCUUUGUGGCAAUCUCCCGUUAGCUCUACGUGUGGUGGGUUUAUCUUUGUCUGGGAAGAAUGAAGACGAAUGGGAAGAUGUAAUAUGCAGGUUAGAAACUAUUCUUGAUCGCGAUAUCGAGGACGUAUUACGAGUUGGCUAUGAAGGUUUAGAUGAGAACGAGCAAACGCUAUUUCUCCAUAUUGCAGUCUUCUUCAACAAUGAAGAUGGUAAUUUUGUGAAAGCCAUGUUUGAUGACGGUAACUUGGAUGUCAAACGCGGUUUGAAGAUCCUAGUAGAUCGAUCUCUCAUAAACAUAUGCAGUGUCACUGAAAACAUAGUCAUGCACAAAUUACUACAGCAAAUGGCUAAACAAACCAUUCAUAAACAAGAGCCUUGGAAACGUCAGAUCUUAAUGGAUCCUCAUGAGAUUUGUGAUGUCCUCGAGAAUGAAACAGGUACCAGAGCUGUGACUGGAAUAUCAUUUGAUAGAUCUAAUAUCGAUGAAGUAUCUAUCAGCCAGAGCGCUCUUAAAAGAAUGCCAAAUCUUCAGUUCCUCAGAGUCUACCAAACAAGAGGUGAUAAAAUGCACAUACCUGAGAAGAUGGAAUUCCCACGUCGUCUAAGGUUAUUACAUUGGGAGUCAUACCCAAGAAAGAGUCUUCCUCCUAGAUUUCAUCCUGAAUAUCUUGUUGAACUCAAUAUGCGGGAAAGCCGGUUCGAAUACCUCUGGAAAGGAACCCUGCCGCUUAGAAAUCUCAAGAAGAUGGAUUUAUUAGGGUCCGAGAAUUUGAAGGAACUCCCGGAUCUUUCAAAGGCUACAAAACUGGAGACAUUACAGCUGAGCAAAUGCAGAAACCUACAAAUCAUUCCAUCUCACAUGAACCUAGUAUCCCUUGUAAGCGUCUCUAUGAUCGGAUGCAUCAGACUGAGAGAUAUUCCAGUUAUGUCAACAAACAUCGAAGCACUGUAUAUCACAGAGACAGCGAUCGAAGAUGAACCUCCAUCAGUUAGGCUUUGCUCUCGUCUUCAGACUCUCAAUCUAAGCCGCAGUGUAAAGCUCACGAGCUUAACACAUCUCCCCAUGACUAUCACAUACCUAGACGUAAGAUACACUGGUAUUAAAAAGAUUCCAGAUUGCAUCAAAGCCCUUCAUGAGCUACAAUUCUUACUGAUAUCAAGCUGCAGAAGACUCACUUCAUUGCCAGAGCUCCCUGGUUCACUUCAAUUUCUACACGCAGAUGAUUGUGAUUCACUAGUGACCAUAUUUUCCCCUUUGAACAUUACUCCAUCUGCGUGGCGCCUCGAAUUCACCAACUGCUUCAAACUGGACCAACAAGCAAGAAAAGCAAUCAUACAACAAUCUUUUUCUCAAGGAAUCACGCUCUUGCCAGGAAGACAAGUCCCUGCAGAGUUCGAACACCGUGCCAAAGGAAAUUGCCUGACGAUUCGUUCCAAUGGCAACGAUCCUCUUUAUGCUCUCUCUAGAUAUAAUGUCUGCGUUGUGAUUUCACCUCCCCGCCAAGAAUAUAGUCUUGGUCACUCUCCGCCAAGACUAUUGUGUCGUCACAUAGCCAAAGGUGACUUAUACCCCAAUGAGGUCUCCAUCUUCGUAGGCGAUGUCCCCAAAUUUCGCAGGGAACAUUUGUUUAUAUUUUCCAUUAACCAUCGCUGGCCAUGUAUCGUCGAUCCAUCUGAUGUGAACAGGGAGAUCGUGUUUGAAUUCAGCAGCGAAUUCCAAGAAUUUGACAUUAUUGAAUGUGGUGCUCAGAUCUUGACGGAUGAGUGGGACUAUGAAUUUGGAUUGUACCAAGACGACAUUGAGUUUGAAUCUAGUGAAGCCUCUGGGGACGACAUUGAGUUUGAAUCUAGUGAAGCUUCUGAAGACGAAAUGGAGUUUGAAUCCAUCCAAGCCUCAGAAGACGACGACGAACACGGUGACUCCAAAGAAGACGAGUAUCUCCGAACAGAUUGUUGGAGUUGGCUAUUCCUUUGCUUUAAACAGUGAGAACCAUACAGAUUGAGAAAUAUAUGUGAUUUAACAGAAGAAGAGAGUACUGAAGAGUUUGGAUCGUCACCAGUCACCACCUUGCUUCGAUAAUCAUGAGGGAAAAUUAACACAGAAGCGUUUGGGAAAGAUGAUGAUAACGUGGCCGUCUGUUUAAUCCAUAGCGUUGUUUGUUGGGCCCUUUUAGGGAACAUAUGGGCUCUUGUUGGGCCUACAAGUGUAAUCCAUCGUUCGUGUUAUUUUUUUCCGAGUAAACAAGCUCAACUUUCUUAGUU